AUGUUUGUGUUAGCGCCCGCGUUUUGUUUGGGUGGCCUCAUCUAUCUAAUAUGUUGCUGGAGCAGGGUGCAUACAGCUGGCUAUGCGAAGACACAGCAGCAGCAGCAGCAGCAGCAGCAGGAGGAGAAACUACAGCAGCAGCAGCAGCAGCAGCAGGAGGAGAAACAACACCAGCAGCAGCAGCAGCAGAAGCAGCAGCAGCAGCAGCAGCAGCAGCAGCAGCAGGGGGAGAAGAUAAACGUUAUAUGUAAGAAAUACAAGCCAUACAACAACAAAAAACAACAACAGCCUUAUAAAACACCAGAAGAAAUACAAGCCAUACAACAACAAAAAACAACAACAGCAGCAGCAGCAGCUGCUGCUGCUGCUGCUGCUGCUGAUACAGAAACUGCUGCAGCAGCAGCAGCAGAAACUACACCAGCAGCAACAACAGCAGCAGCAGCAACAGCAGCAGAAGAAAUCGAAUUAGGAGCUGCAAGUAACACAAUACAACCCCACCAACCCCACCAACCCCACCAACACCAGCAGCAGCAGCAGCAGCAACUGCAGCAGCAGCAGCAGCAGCAGCAGCAGCAGCAGCAGGAGCAGCAGCAGGAGGAGAAACAGCAGCAGCAGCAGCAGCAGCAGAAGCAGCAGCAGCAGCAGCAGCAGCAGCAGCAGAAGCAGCGACAGGAGCAGCAGCAGCAGCAGCAGAAGCAGCAGCAGCAAAAGCAGCAGCAAAUGAAAAGGGAAAAUAAGUGCAGCAGCAAAUAUCAGGGGGAUCCAAAAAGAGGUAAACACAUAAGGCUCCUUCGAUCGCUGCAGCAGCAGCAGCAACAGCAGCAGCAGCAGCAGCAGCAGCAGCAGCAGCAGCAGCAGAAGCAGCAGCAGCAGCAGAAGCAGCAGCAGCAGCAGAAGCAGCAAAGUGCGGGUGAGGUAAUAUAG